AUGGCCGCCGCUGGCGUUGGCCAAUGCGGCCGACCCUACUCGAUCGGUGGGCCCUACCCCUCCCUUCCAACCACCAACCCUAUAACAACAGUAGCCGCCUCCAGAUCAUUUGGCCGCGGGAGGAGGACCAUUAAUCCUGUACUUCUCAGGUUGAGCUCUACCAGGCGGAGAAUGGCGGCGCCACCGGCGGCUGCGGCGGCGGGGGGUGCCGAGAGCUUGAAGAAGGGGAUUGCGGAGCUGUACGACGAGUCGUCGGGGAUAUGGGAGGACAUAUGGGGGGACCACAUGCACCACGGCUUCUACGAGCCGGGCGCCGACGUUUCCAUCUCCGACCACCGGUCGGCCCAGAUCCGGAUGAUCGAGGAGGCCCUUCGGUUCGCCUCUCUAUCUGGCGGCAGCUCGAGGUACUUAGCCCAGAAGUACGGUUCGAAUUGUCAAGGUAUCACGUUGAGCCCUGUUCAGGCAAAGAGAGCUCAAGAGCUUGCUGCAGCUCAGGGGUUAGACGACAAGGCAAUUGCCGAUGCACUCAAUCAGCCUUUCCCGGAUGGGAAGUUUGAUCUGGUUUGGUCCAUGGAGAGUGGCGAACAUAUGCCUGACAAAUCAAAGUUUGUGAAUGAGCUGACCCGUGUGGCGGCCCCUGGUGGGAGGAUAAUAAUAGUUACAUGGUGCCAUAGGGAUUUAUCUCCCGGAGAGUGCCUGCGCCCGGACGAGCAAGACUUGCUGAACAAAAUAUGCGGUGCUUACUAUCUUCCCGAGUGGUGUUCAACUGCCGACUAUGUCAAAUUACUCAAGUCCCUCUCUAUGGAGGAUAUUAAGUCUGCAGAUUGGUCUGUAUACGUCGCUCCAUUUUGGCCUGCGGUCAUAAAAUCAGCAUUGACAUGGAAGGGCAUCACCUCUCUGUUCAGAAGUGGAUGGAAGACGAUUAGGGGUGCGUUGGCCAUGCCAUGGAUGAUCGAUGGAUAUAAGAAGGGUCUGAUCAAAUUCGCCAUCAUUACAUGCCGAAAACCGGCAUCAUAA